AUGAAGUACCUUGGUGCUGGUCAUGCAGCUGAGCGUGAUGAGGAGCUGGAAGGAGCCAGCUGGCAGGACGUUAAUGGAGCACUGGUUUGUGCUCUGAAGACAGCUCUGAAGAGGCCAGAGGAACAUGGCACCAGAUCAAAUCAGGGAUCCGUCUACUCGAGGAUCCCUCUCACAGUACCCAGGGUGGUGGCCAUCCUUGUGCAUGAUCCUGGAGGUUGGUUUGACCUCCAAGCUCUUCUCUCCUCUUGGGUGCUGGCAGCUGAGCUUGCCAUGACAGCAGAUGCAGAGGCAGUGGUUAGUGCUGCAGCCAGCCUCGGCUUUCCUUGUCUAAAUACGUUGCUGUAGCAGUGGUGUUGGGCCGAGGGAGAGAAAGAGCCCUGAGGAAGCAGAGGAGAGAGCAGAUCGCGGAUAUCUGUGACCGAGAGACCUCUUGAACAGCUUUGAAGAGCUCCGUCAUCUGAAUCAACGGACAAAGAGACCGCGGUCCUAGGAGGCACAGUGUUGAAUUAAAGCAGGAUCAGCUCAGAAGCUCAGCCUGUAAGGAGAGCCUAUUUGUGCUGACCACAAGCAGCUGAGCUGAGCACAGCAUCAUGACAAGCCAUCGGGCAGUGAAAUCCUACAAGAAAUCUUCUAUCCCAGGAGUAAAUAUUGCCCAAUUUGUGGAUAGGAUUCCAGAAGGAUGCAGUACACCUGACUUUGAGCGGAAACCUGUCACUCUAACAUUGCAGGAAGGUAAAAAUGCCAUUUUCAGAGCAGUGGUCAAAGGUGUUCCAACCCCUGAGGUAAAAUGGAGGCGUGCAAAAGGAGAAAUGGACAAUCCUGACAAGUAUGAAAUAUUCUUCAGUGAAGUUACAAGUGAAUACAUUCUGAAGAUAAAUAAACUCACUGCAGAUGACACUGAUGUGUAUCGUUGCUUUGCUAUAAAUGAAUAUGGGGAAGCUACAUGCUCUGCUGGCCUCAGGAUCAUACAAGUUGGCUUUAAGAGGAAAGCACAACACGUUCCUGCUCAGUCUGCUGAUGAAUUGAAGAAGAAGCUUCAGGACCUCAGGAAGCUGCUGAGGAAGCGGGCCCCAGCACCAAAACAAAAAACAAUCGACAAAGAAGCAAUCUUUCAACUGUUACUACAUGCAGAUAAAAGAGAUUAUGAGAAAAUCUGUAUUAAGUAUGGAAUUUCUGACUUCCGUGGCAUGCUGAGAAAGCUUCAGGAGAUGAGAAGGGAUGCAGAGAGUGAACAAGGAGAGUUAAUUCACAGUAUCAAAAAUAUGGAACAUAUCAAGGUCAACAAGGAUGGAACUGCUACAUUUAGCCUAGAGAUGGACCUGAAAAAUAGUAACAGCAAAAUUUAUGUGCUUAAGGAUGGUGAGAGGCUCAGAUAUGGAACAGGGGAUGAAUACAGAAAGCACUACCUAAGGCGGAUUGGGAAAAGGUAUAAUUUCAUUGUCAACGAUGUGCAGCCAGAAGAUGCAGGCGUAUAUCAAGUCAGAGUGGAAGAUGUACCUGUUUUCUCAACUGAACUGGAUGCUGAAUCCAUCCCUGUGAGAUUUCAGCAGCCACUUCGUGAUGUGCGUUGUCCUGAGAAGGGAAAUGCUGUCUUUGAGUGUAUCCUACGCAGUCCUUGCUAUGAUGCUGUGUGGCUACAUAAAACCCACCCCCUUGAGGCAAGUGAGAAGCACCAGAUCUCCAUAACCCCUGAUGGUCUGACCCAUCAGCUUGUUAUCAAGGAUGUUGAGGCCUCUGACAACGGCAUGUACACACUCGACACUGGACUCUGUUCCUCCAAUGCCUAUCUUCUUGUAGAGUAUCCCAAAGGAAAAAAGAGACAGGAUGAAGAAGGUGAAAAAGAGAAAUCUGGCUGGCGGAAAGAAACAUUGACAGAUAAAGAUGGGGCUAAGAAACCUAAACGCAGAGAACAUCUUAGCGAUAAAGAUGAUCUGAUGGAUGCUGGCAUAGAAAAAGAUGACUGGUACAGAAAUGGCCAAGAAGGCAGUCAAGGCUACUCUGAUGUUGAUGAAGGACGUAUAUUUCUGGGAAAAGAGGGGCUACGCAAAACAUACAGAGAUGGAACAAUGGGGCCCGGGCAGUUUUCUGAAGCAGAGAGAGAUGGAGAAUCAAUGACAGAUGAUGAUAAUGACAUGAGACUAAAAAUUUUAGGAGGGAAAAAAGGUUUAAGGCCUGUACACAGCCAGGAUUCUAUGACAGGUAGAGCAAAUACUGGUGAUAGAACAGGAGGAGCAGAUGAAUUGUAUUCUGUGGAUGGCAGAGAUGAGGGCAUGUUGGAUGCAGUUGAUGUUGACAUGGAUGAUGCAGAAGGUAUGGAUUCUUGGCAUGGCAAAAAUGAUAAUAGUUCUAGAGCUGGCUUUGGUGGUAUCAAGAAAUUAGGUGCUACUGAUGGAAGUUCUGUGUUAGAUGGACUUGAUCCUGAUUCAACCAGAGUGGGAGACAAGCAUUCCCUGUAUGGUAAGGAUGAUAAGCUAGGUAGGACUAGAUCUGGUAAGAAUGCCGCCGGUACUGAGACUGCAGGAGGAAUGAGGUCCCCCUAUAGCAAGGAUGGUUUGCCUACUGUGGCUGGUGUGAGUGGAGCUGGUAUAAAAAGAGAAGGAGAAACAGGGGCUCCGUAUGGAAUGGAUGGCUUAGCAGCUGAUGCUGGUGGUCAUCUAGGUCAGGCAGGAAGACCUGGCUUGCUGUAUGGCCCAGGUGGUCUCCCAGCUGGAGAUGGGGCUAGAACUGGUGCAGGUGGAAGUUCUGCAGGAGAAAUGGGGGUACUCUAUGGUCCAGAUGGUCUACCAGUUGGGGCAGGUGUUGACGACGCUACUGCAGGUAAAAUGGGAGGGUUCUAUGGUAAACAUGGACAAUCAGGUGAACCUGGGGCUGGAGCUGGAAAUUGGGUUAGAGCUGAUGGAGCCGGAAGACAAAUGGGAUCACCCUAUCAAAAGGACGGUCUCCCAGAUGGAGCUGGGGCUGGUGGUGCUGGUGUAGGUGGUUUUGGAGGUGUUGGCUCUCCCUAUGGAAAAGAUGGCCUUCCAAUGGGAAUGGGAACUGGGGCUGGUAUUGGUGGUGCAGGUGUAGAUGGCUUUGGUGGUGUGGGGUCUCCAUAUGGAAAGGAUGGUCUCCCAGCUGGAGCUGGGGCUGGUAUUGGUGGUGCUGGUGCAGGUGGUUUGGGAGGUGCUGGGUCUCCCUAUGGAAAGGAUGGUCUCCCAGCUGGGGCUGGUGUUGGUGGUGCUGGUGCAGGAGGAAUUGGCUCUCCUUAUGGUAAAGAUGGCCUUCCAGUGGGAAUGGGACCUGGUGCCAGUGGUACAGGUGUGGAUGGCUUUGGUGGUGUGGGGUCUCCCUACGGAAAGGAUGGUCUCCCAGCUGGGCUUGGUAUUGGUGGUGCAGGAGGAAUUGGCUCUCCUUAUGGAAAAGAUGGCCUUCCAGUGGGAAUGGGAACUGGGGCUGGUGUUGGUGGGGCUGGUGUAGGUGGUCUUGGUGGUGCUGGAUAUCCCUAUGGAAAGGAUGGUCUCCCGGCUGGGGCUGGUGUUGGUGGUUCAGGUUUAGCUGGUGCAGGGGGAGUUGGUUCACCCUAUGGAAAAGAUGGUCUUCCAGCUGGGGCUGGUGUUGGUGGUGCUGGCGUAGGUGGUUUUGGAGGUGCUGGAUCUCCCUAUGGAAAGGAUGGUCUCCCAGCUGGAGCUGGGACUAUCGCCGGUGGCGCUGGCGUAGGUGGUCUGGGAGGUGUUGGAUCUCCCUAUGGAAAAGAUGGCCUUCCAGUGGGAAUGGGACCUGGGGCUGGUGGUGCUAGUGCAGGUGGUGAUGGUUUUCCCUAUGGUAAGGAUGGUCUCCCAGCUGGGGCUGGUGUUGGUGGGGUUGGUGUAGGUGGUUUGGGAGGUGUUGGGUCUCCCUAUGGAAAGGAUGGUCUUCCAGCUGGGGCUGGUGUUGGUGGGGCUGGUGUUGGUGGUGCAGGAGGAAUUGGCUCUCCUUAUGGAAAAGAUGGCCUUCCAGUGGGAAUGGGAACUGGGGCUGGUGUUGGUGGGGCUGGUGUUGGUGGGGCUGGUGUAGGUGGUCUGGGAGGUGUUGGGUCUCCCUAUGGAAAGGAUGGUCUCCCAGCUGGAGUUGGUGGUGCUGGUGCAGGUGGUGCAGCAGGUAUAGGUGCUCCCUAUGGAAAGGAUGGUCUUCCAGCUGGGGCUGGUUUUGGUGGUGCUGGUGCAGGUGGUUUGGGAGGUGCUGGGUCUCCCUAUGGAAAGGAUGGUCUCCCAGCUGGAGUGGGUGGAGCUGGUGCAGGGGGUGCAGCAGGUCUUGGUUCUCCCUAUGGUAAGGAUGGUCUCCCAGCUGGGACUGGUGUUGGUGGUGCUGGUGCAGGUGGUUUGGGAGGUGUUGGGUCUCCCUAUGGAAAGGAUGGUCUCCCAGCUGGAGUGGGUGGUGCUGGUGCAGGUGGUUUGGGAGGUGUUGGAUCUCCCUAUGGAAAGGAUGGUCUCCCAGCUGGGGCUGGUGUUGGUGGUGCUGGGGUUGGUGUUGGUGGUGCUGGUGCAGGUGGUUUGGGAGGUGUUGGGUCUCCCUACGGAAAGGAUGGUCUCCCAGCUGGAGCUGGGGCUGGUAUUGAUGGUGCUGGUGCAGGUGGUAUGGGAGGUCUUGGAUCUCCCUAUGGAAAGGAUGGUCUCCCAGCUGGGGUUGGUGUUGGUGGCGCUGGUGGUGCUGGUGCAGGUGGUUUGGGAGGUGUUGGGUCUCCCUAUGGAAAGGAUGGUCUCCCAGCUGGAGCUGGGGCUGGUAUUGGUGGUGCUGGUGCAGCUGGUUUGGGUGGUGUUGGUUCUCCGUAUGGUAAGGAUGGUCUUCCAGCUGGAGCUGGGGCUGGUGGUGCUGGUGCAGGUGGUCUGGGAGGUGUUGGGUCUCCCUAUGGAAAGGAUGGUCUCCCAGCUGGGGCUGGUGUUGGUGGUGCUGGUGUGGGUGGUUUGGGAGGUGUUGGGUCUCCCUAUGGAAAGGAUGGUCUCCCAGCUGGGGCUGGUGUUGGUGGUGCUGGUGUGGGUGGUUUGGGAGGUGUUGGGUCUCCCUAUGGAAAGGAUGGUCUCCCAGCUGGGGCUGGUGUUGGUGGUGCUGGUGGUUUGGGAGGUGUUGGGUCUCCCUAUGGAAAGGAUGGUCUCCCAGCUGGGGUUGGUGUUGGUGGUGCUGGGGUUGGUGUUGGUGGUGCUGGUGCUGGUGCAGGUGGUUUGGGAGGUGUUGGGUCUCCCUACGGAAAGGAUGGUCUCCCAGCUGGAGCUGGGGCUGGUAUUGGUGGUGCUGGUGCAGGUGGUAUGGGAGGUCUUGGAUCUCCCUAUGGAAAGGAUGGUCUCCCAGCUGGGGCUGGUGUUGGUGGUGCUGGUUUAGCUGGUGCAGGGGGAGUUGGUUCUCCUUAUGGUAAGGAUGGUCUCCCAGCUGGGGUUGGGGCUGGUGUUGGCGGUGCUGGUGUAGGUGGUUUGGGAGGUGCUGGGUCUCCAUAUGGAAAAGAUGGCCUUCCAGUGGGAAUGGGAGCUGGGGCUGGUGUUGGUGGUGCUGGUGCCGGUGGUUUUGGUGGUGUAGGGUCUCCCUAUGGAAAGGAUGGUCUCCCAGCUGGGGCUGGUGGUAGUAUAACCAGUGCAAGGGGGGCUGGAUCUUCCUAUGGAAAAGAUGGUCUAUCAAGUGGUGCUGCAGCAGGAGUAGCUCGUUCUCCUUUUGGAGGUGAAGAAGGAAUGGGUUCACACCAGGGUCGGGGUGCUGGGCUGAGCAGUGUUCAAGGAUAUGGAGGUGGAGCAGGAGGAGCUGGCUUAUCCUCAGAAGGAAGGGGUUUUGGUGGCUCUGCCAUACUAGGUGCUGGGUCUGCAUAUGGGAAGGAUGGGGGGUCAGCUGGAGGCAGGGCUGGAGGGGGUGGUGUUGGCAGGUUGGGAGGUGAUGGGAAGGAGUUACAUUCAGCCUGGGGUACGGAAGGAAUGGGAGGUGCUGGAAUGGGUGGUGAAUAUGGGCUUGAUUCACGUCCCGGCAAAUCUGCACGAGGUGAAGCUGGAAAGGGAACUGCCGGUGAUUUCAGAGGGCCAGGACACAAAGGCUCACCCCACGACAAAGAAUCAGGUCAAAGGGAUGGUAGGGGUGAGGACAGAGGUUUAGGACAGUUAGGCUCCCGUUAUGGCAAAGAUUCUGCUGUUGGAGGGGCAGGGGGCAAAUCUCAUGACAGGUUGGGUGACGGGAGGAAGCCAGGUGUUUUCGGUCAAGGUUCACCAGGUUAUGAUCAGACAUCAAACCUUUAUGGUGGACCCUCCUCGAUAAACCAGAGAAAGCAGCUACCCAGCCUUGAUGUUAAAACAAAUGACUUCUUGAAGAAUACGGAAAGUACAGAGAAAAGAAGACAGUAUCGCCUAGAUGAUCUGAGAGCACCACGCUGUCAUGUCAACAAGCAGUUAAUUGAUGUCCGAGUCCAGAAAGGGGAACCAGCUGAGCUGUCUUGUGCUGUCAAUAAAGAAGAUUUGACAGGAACCUGGUUUAAAGAUGGAUUAAAGUUAACAAGCAUGGAGGGAGUCAUAUUUGAAAAGCAAGGUCUAGUCCACAAACUAAUUUUUAGCAAAGUGGAAGAUAUUCAUGCUGGGAAAUACAGGUUUGAAGCUGGAGAUAUAAAAACUGAAGCUUCAAUUUUUGUUGAAGAUCCUCCACAGGUUGACAAAGUUCUCCUGAAAAACUUAACAAGUGUGCCUACUGUGGCCAAGGCAGGGGAGAAUAUAAAGAUCAAGAUCCCUUUUGAAGGCCGGCUGCCAGUCAGAGCAACAUGGCUAAAGGACAAAAUGGAGCUAGCAGAUGACUCAAGGAUUCGUCUUGAUAAAACAGACACCUAUACUAUGCUGUCCAUCGCCAACACUGAGAGAAAGGACCGUGGGGAUUAUAAAGUCAGGCUGAAGAAUGACAGUGGCAUCUUAGAUAUCGACCUAAAGGUUGAGGUAACAGACAAGCCGCAGCCACCUGCAGGACCCUUGAAAAUUGUAGAAAGCUCUGCAAAUGACAUCACGAUUCAGUGGAAACCCCCGAAGGAUGAUGGGGGCAAACCAGUGCAAAGCUAUAUUGUUGAGAGGCAGGAGGUAGGCAAGGGCGACUGGGUGGCUCUUGCAGAAACCCCCAGGAGCUGUACUACUUUCACUACCAACAAAGUGGAACGAGACAUGAGCUACUACUUCAGGGUGAGGGCUGUGAAUGCAGAGGGAACCAGCGAUGCACUGGAAUCAGAGGAAGUAAAGGCUGUCAGUAAAGCUACACCUGGUGCCCCAGACCCCCCUGAGAUCAUCAGUGUCAGCAAAGACACUAUCACAAUCUCCUGGAAAACACCUCGUAGAACUGGCAGCUCCCGAAUCGUGGGAUACAUCGUUCAAAAACGCAAGAAGGGUACCAUGACCUGGGUGCCAGUCAACAGUGUGCCCAUAGCAGAUAAGAAGCUGAAAAUGACCGAUCUCAAGAAGGGUCUGCAGUAUGAAUUUUGUGUGGCAGCUGUCAAUGCUUCUGGUGUAGGAGAUAUCAGCGCACCGUCACAACCUGUCUUUGCUCGAGAUUCCACGAAACCUCCAGGUCAAGUGAGGGACCUCGCAGUGACCAGCACUGACAGCACUAGUGUCACCCUAACAUGGAAGAGACCCGAAGCAAAAGAUGGGAAUGAUGUGAAAGGCUACGACGUGGAGAUACGGUCUUCUAACAACCUCGACUGGACCAAAUGCAAUGUUCUUCCUAUAGAUGUGACCACUUACACAGUUAAAGGCCUGCAAAACAAGGAGCUGUACUUCUUACGUGUGAGAGCCCUCAAUGACUGCGGCCCAGGAGAAGCUGCAGAGCUUGAAGCUUUCAUUGAAGCUGAUUCCACUGUUGUUUCUCCCAGGUUCUUAAUAGAUGACAGAGUGAAAAAUUUCCUGAUUAUAAAAGCAGGAAAUACUAUCCGAGUAGAUAUUCCUUUCGAGGCAUCUCCAGAUCCAGAGGUGACCUGGUUAAAGGAUGGGCUUCUCCUUUCAAACCGGGCUACAAUAAGCACCAAAGAUGGUACCUCCCAGCUGCUGAUUAAAGCAGCUGAGCUGACUGACAGCGGCAUCUACACCAUUGAGCUCAAGAAUGGGUCAGGGAAAAGAGAAACAUUCAGCUUCCAAGUUCAAGUUACAGAUAUCCCACAAAACCCUGGACCUAUUCUACUGCAAGAGAAUGUGCCAAAUGCAGUGACAGUAACCUGGGAGCCAUCAGCAUCUGAGAAAUGGGAACGCAAUCUCUACUAUACGGUUCUGAAACGUGAAUCACAGAAGGGCGUGUGGCACGUGGUGGGUGACCUGAUCUACACCAACAAAUUCACAUACACCCAAGUGAUCCCAGGCCGGGACUACUACUUUAGGGUUGUGGCAAAAAAUGAGUUGGGAUCCAGUGGUCCAUCUGAAACUGUGCAGCCUUGGAGAAUUAAAAAAACAAAGGCUGAAGUUCAUAUCAGACCACAGAAAUACAGAGGAGUUAAUCAAAACCAGCCCCCGAGAUUCCUCGUCCCAUUGAAGCCUCAUGUGGUGACUACUGGGAGUGAGUGCCGUAUGAGCUGUGCCGUUGCAGGCCAUCCACCUCCAAAGAUCACUUGGUAUAAGGACAGUAGAGACCUCUCCAGUGAUCCUGCCUAUUUUGGCACAAAUGACUUUGGUGUCUGCUCCCUGGUGAUCCAAGGGGUCUCAAAAGUUGAUGAAGGAGAAUACAUGGUUGAAGCCGCCAAUGAAUUGGGCCGUGUGUUCAGCAGAGCCUUCCUCGCUAUUAAAGACUUCCUCCCUGUAGCACGAACUUCCUGAAAACUCCUCUGCACUCCUAUGUGAAUGAGAAGGUUUUCAUUGAGAACUGGCUUUGUACAAAGGCUACAUAUUUAUUUUCAGAUGUCCAUUAUAGUCUGAGUGUUUUCCAGAUCCAAUAGUUGCAUUUUGAACAUGAUGCUGCAUCGUAGUCAAAAUGGGGGAAAAAAAGCUUUAAGAGAAUUGCAUCUUUUCAUAAUGAUUGUGGCUUUCCACUACGACCCUUAAAACACAGAUGAGAGCUUCAGGAACACAGAAGAUGAGAGGAAAUAUAAUUGGCCAAAGUGAAACUUUGGAUGGGAAACAGAUUUGAGAAACCAUUCUGCCACAGCACUCACUUGUCAGGCUGCUGCAAGAACACUUCAUGACACCAGCUCUCUGUGAAGGUGGCCUUUUGGCCUGUGGCUUUCUACUCCAGAGCACUCAUUUUGGAUUUCACCUAACUCUCAGCAGGUUUCCUACUUCUGGUAGAAGCAGUUGUGCAUUAUUCUACUACCAGUCGCAGCUAUGUAUGUUAUUUCCCUUAACCUCUGAGUUGAGGAGUAUUUGUCUACUAGCUUUAUCUAGGCAAGAGAAAUUCUCAGAUGAGGCUAACACAAGGUAGUGCUACUGGCAGUGAAAAUGCACUGAUGAGAACGAAUGGAAAUCUAGAACCGCAUUAUAUUUAUAUGAGCAGAUCAAUGCUGCACUUAAAGCUAUUGUAGCAAGUGCCAUAAAAAAGGAUGCAGCAGUGCUGAACUACCAUGUUAGUGUCACCUUUGAAAUGUAGCUGCUCCAGUAAAUGUUCUUUUUGUUUAUAUUUUGUACAAUGUUGUACAGACAUGACAACCAUGAAAUUAAACUAGAGUUCAGUAACAUCUA